GUGGCGCGCGGGGCCGGAAGUGGCGGCGCUGCCGAGCGGGGCCGGAGCCGCCGGGGCUGCGCGGGGUCGGAGCGGGGCCGGGGCCGAGGCGGAGCCGCUGCAGCCGCGAUCGGGGGACGCCGACAUGUCGGAUUUCGAUGAGUUCGAGCGGCAGCUCAACGAGAAUAAACAAGAACGCGAUAAGGAGAACCGUCACCGCAAGCGCAGCCACAGCCGCUCCCGCAGCCGCGACCGCAAACGCCGCAGCCGCAGCCGCGACCGCCGCAACCGCGACCAACGCAGCGUCUCCCGCGACCGCCGGCGGCGCCGAUCGCCUUUGAGCCUUUCGGGGCCGCUGAGCCGCUCCCCCCGCCACGAGAAGAAGAAGAAGAUCCGCAAGUACUGGGAUGUGCCCCCCCCCGGCUUCGAGCACAUCACCCCCAUGCAGUACAAGGCCAUGCAAGCGGCGGGGCAGAUCCCGGCGACGGCGCUGCUGCCCACGAUGACGCCGGACGGGUUGGCCGUCACCCCCACGCCGGUGCCGGUGGUCGGCAGCCAAAUGACCCGGCAGGCGCGGCGCCUCUACGUGGGCAACAUCCCCUUCGGCAUCACCGAGGAGGCGAUGAUGGAUUUCUUCAACGCUCAGAUGCGCCUGGGGGGCCUCACUCAGGCUCCCGGGAACCCCGUCUUGGCCGUUCAGAUCAACCAGGACAAGAACUUCGCCUUCUUGGAGUUCCGCUCGGUGGAUGAGACCACGCAGGCCAUGGCCUUCGACGGCAUCAUCUUCCAAGGGCAGUCGCUCAAGAUCCGCCGCCCGCACGACUACCAACCGCUGCCCGGAAUGUCCGAGAACCCCUCCGUCUACGUCCCGGGUGUCGUCUCCACGGUGGUGCCCGACUCCGCGCACAAACUCUUCAUUGGGGGUCUCCCUAAUUACCUUAACGACGAUCAGGUGAAGGAGCUUCUGACGUCGUUUGGACCCCUCAAAGCCUUUAAUCUGGUGAAGGACAGCGCCACCGGACUCUCCAAGGGUUACGCCUUCUGCGAGUACGUGGACAUCAACGUCACCGAUCAGGCGAUCGCAGGACUGAACGGGAUGCAGUUAGGGGACAAAAAGCUGCUGGUGCAGAGGGCGAGCGUGGGGGCCAAGAACGCCACCCUGAGCACCAUCAACCAGACCCCGGUGACGCUGCAGGUGCCGGGGCUGGUGAGCUCGCAGGUGCAGGUGGGCGGGCACCCCACCGAGGUGCUGUGCCUGAUGAACAUGGUGCUGCCCGAGGAGCUCCUCGACGACGAGGAGUACGAGGAGAUCGUCGAGGACGUCCGCGACGAGUGCGGCAAAUACGGCCUCGUCAAAUCCAUCGAGAUCCCGCGGCCCGUCGACGGCGUGGAAGUGCCCGGCUGCGGCAAGAUCUUCGUGGAGUUCACCUCGGUCUUCGACUGCCAGAAGGCGAUGCAGGGGCUGACGGGGCGCAAGUUCGCCAACCGCGUGGUGGUCACCAAAUACUGCGACCCCGACUCCUACCAUCGCCGCGAUUUCUGGUAGCGCCGCCCCCCCCGAACCCCAACCCCCCCCCCCCCCCAAAAAAAAACCCC